GGCGCCGUGGCGGCAGCGGUCGGGCAGCGCGCCUUAGCGCGGCGCCGCCAUGGCGGUGGAGGUGGAGGCGUCCGGGGCUCCCUUGAGCUCUUUCCUGAGGGACUUUCCGUCUCCGCUGGGCCCGGGGGAGCCGCUGCCGUGGGGCUCCGCGGGGACUGGCGCCCUGAGCAAGGCCGAGGUGCCGGGCGCGCUGGCCGAGCGGGCGAGGAGCCUCCUGAGCAGCAGAGGUGUUGCACCACUUCUCACAGCAUCAUUGAUCCAUGCUGCACUUGAUGAAGUUCUCCAGAAGGACUUGACUGAAUUUCAGCAGCAAAGUGUGGAAACAGAGGAAGGAGAUGAGGAGAGGUUCACCUUGCUGGAUGGAGAGUCCUUGCAGCGCUGCUUCUUCAACAAGCUUUGGGAUGUUUGCUGUGAGUGGCAGAAGCAGUUGCCACCACUGAGGCCACUGAAGAAGUUCCUGCUGGUUUCUGUUCAUGCCAUCCGGAACACUCGACGGAAAAUGGAGGACCGGCAUGUUCUGCUCCCAGAGUUCAAUCAGCUCUUUGGUUUAGCAGAUGACGUGGAUCGUGCUUACUUUGCGGUAUUUGAUGGCCACGGUGGAGUGGAUGCUGCUGAUUAUUCAGCAACUCAUUUACAUGUAAAUGUUGGGCUACACAAAGAGUUUGUUAAGAAUCCAGCUGAGGCCUUGAAAUGCUCCUUCCAGAAGACAGAUGAAAUGUUUCUUUUCAAAGCCAAAAGAGAGAAGCUGCGCAGUGGUACAACAGGUGUAUCUGCCUUGAUUGUAGGGAGCAAGCUACACAUAGCAUGGCUUGGGGACUCACAGGUCAUGCUGGUGCAGCAAGGAAAAGCUGUGACACUAAUGGAACCUCACAAACCAGAACGAGAAGACGAGAGAGCACGCAUUGAGGCUCUGGGUGGUUGUGUGACCUACAUGGACUGCUGGAGGGUUAAUGGCACCUUGGCUGUUUCUAGAGCAAUUGGGGAUGUAUGCCAGAAGCCCUAUAUCUCUGGUGAUGCAGAUGGAGAUUCAUUUGAGCUGACUGGCUCUGAAGAUUACUUGCUUCUGGCCUGUGAUGGAUUCUUUGAUGCUGUCAAGCCACAUGAGGUCGUAGACUUGGUCCUAGAUCAUUUAAUGCAAACCCAAGGAGUGGGUCUCAAUGCAGCAGAAAGACUGGUGGCUGCUGCGAAGGAAAAUGGAUCCAGCGAUAACAUCACUGUUCUGGUGGUGUUCUUGAGGGAUCCUCAGGACAUCUUGGCAGGCUGUCUCAGAGACCCUAAGAGCCAUGAGGCUGGUGAUAACGCUCAGAGAUCAUCCUUUAAUUUCCUCAGCUGUGAGGCAGCAGCCACACAGUGACAAAAUCUGCUUAAAUGAGAAUGUUUAAGUUCAUGCCAGGAACUGCUUUCCGCUGAAGAAGCCUCUAAUACAAUAGGAAAAAGGUAUCAGGAGAAGAAUGACAAAUGGACAAACAUUUGGGAGAAAGGCAAGACUCCUUCUGCUGAGUUCCCAUUUGUCUUUUCCUUUCUUCCUUCCCCCUUCCCUUCAAAAACCACUGAGCAGACCUCCUACAGGUGUUUCAUCUCUGGGAGCAGACUUCUAAAAGUGUUUCUCAGGGCUGCUGGUCACAUCCCUCUGCCCUGGAAGUGGUAAGAAACCUUACUGUGCAUAAGCUAAUGGGUCAGAAAACCUGUUUGGGAAUUCUGAGUGAAAAUUUCAAUUAGUGCUUGCAGAGAAUUCUCUGUGUUGUAUUUUAUUGUGAGAUUACUUUGGAGACUGGGAAGAGAGAAACUGUCACCAUCACAGAGGAGCUUGUUACUGUGUGAGGCCUGUAGGGACAGGCUUGGUGUGCGAGCUGAGUGACUCCAUUCUGUUCUGUUUGUUUUGUACCAAAGAUGAUAUUCUAAGGAUGAUCUGGCUGCUUCAUUCAGAGAUGUUCAACUUUGUGUGUAUGGAGUGGAGAAAAUGAAACUGAGUGCUCCAGGGGAAAAAAAAAAGGCAAGAAAACUAACUAGAAAUAUCCCAGGGAAAAUGAUACAAAAUCAGCUUCUUUCUGGGUUGCCCUGGUUUAUAAACUGGAAUCCAAUAUUUACCUGCACUGGAUUAUUUCUCCCUAACACUUUACUGGCUACUUGGCAACCUGAAAAGAAAGGACCAUUAUUAUUGUAUUUGAAAGAGACCUUUACAGUAUGCCUGCUCUAGCAGUUCAAUAUGCUCUGUUCCUGCCACUUUUUAAUGUAAAAAUGAGUGGUUUAUUCUGUGUUUUUUUGUUUAUAUCCUGAACUUUACAGUUGGAGGAAUUUUUUUUUCAGUGUUACUUUAUUUUUGUUGUGGUUGUUAUUUAAAUUAGAAUUUUAAGGUGGCUGUGUCUUAAUUAUCUGGUUUUACAAACUGACUACCCUCAAGUGCCUUAACUAUUUCACCCAAGUAUUGCUGGCUUCCUCCUAUGUUCUGGUGAGCCAGUUUAUAGUGUUUUUAAAGUGUGACUUUUACAUUUUCAUUAAUAUUAACAUUUAAUGCACUUAAAUGUUUCCUUUUUUUUUUUUUGGUGAAUGUUUUUAGUGGAACCAGGAUUUCAAAGGAAAAACAAAUCUUUCAUUGUUGCCAAAUUUUGUGGCUUAUAUUAAAAGCUUGGCAAUACUUACUGUGGCUUACCCUCUGCCCCAUGCAAGAAGCUCAUUAGUUGAUCAUAAACUAAAGCAUCUAGGUCAUCUUGACUUGGAUUUAAAAACAAAAACACUUCUGACCUUCAAAGGAAAAAAUAAUAACACAAACUAGAAGCAGUUUAGUACCAGUUUUUUAAUUACUAGAUAGUUCAUUUGGACAUGGAUCAUUUCACUUUUUGGGUCUAAGUAACUUUGUAAGGAAAUGUGAAGAUGAAAAGACGUUUUUGUGUGACUGUUAUGUGUCAUUUCAUGCCAGAGCAUCUGCUUGUGCUUUGUCUUGCCUCGCUAACAGGACUCACAGGAUCUGAGGGCUCAUUGGUAAACGUGUUGGUAAUUUCUGUGUCUCCGCAAGAAGUGCUUUACAGCUGCCAGCAAGACUGCCUGCCUAGUUCAGAAGCAUGUGGCAGUGCAGUAUGGCAGUCCUAGAUGUGCUGAAUGUUGCUGUUGCUUAGGGACAGUUUAGACAGAAGAGCUGAGAUGGUCAAAAGGAUGAACAGAGCAGCACUGUGUCCAUACUGUCUCUGCGGUGUCAGCUGGCACGGGGCAGUGAGGUACCUGAGGAGCUCAAGUUUUCACUCAGUUGCUGUGAAUGAUCAUUUGAUGUAACACAAACUCCUCAGUAAGCCAUUACAUAGCAACUUGGACACUGACUUCCUUGUUGAGCUAUGCAACAACAGGAGCUUUUCCUCCAAGAAGGCUACAAGCACUUUGCCAGCCUACAUUUUGCUGCCCUAAAAUACAUGGAGAAGGCUUUCUGUGCUGGCAGCCAGCUAGAUGUAGAUGUUAGUUUUUUCUAGUGAACCUAGUCUGGAUUUGCCAUCUCCUCUCUUUGAUUUCUUACCCAGAUAUUCAGUGAUAUGCUAAAUUCUGAUGACCACUAGUGCCUCUUGGUGUCUUGGAAAUAGUUCUCAUUAUUAAUUUAGUAAGAUCAUACAGACCUGUUUGAUUUCACUGCUACCUGAGGUUUCUCAGGAGAGGGGGAAGCUGCUGUAUUCCUGAAGGGAGGUGUGAAACGUUGGUAGGUUGCUUUGCUUUCUGAAAUGUGCCAAAUUUCCUGAGACAUGGUGGGAAAAAUCCUUUGUAGGCAUCCUUUUCUUUCAACCUUUUGGGGCAGAUUUGUGUUACAGAUGAAAGUCUUAAGUUUUUCAGCAGAUACUUGCAGCUAUGUAAAAAUAUCCCCUUUUGUUUCUAAUUGGAUAGAUUUUUCUUUCUCAAGUGGGAGCUAAGUGAAAUGGGCCUUCAGAAACCUGUCUCUGGUAAUCAAAAUAUUUAAUUCUCAAGCUGUGCUCUAGGGAAGAAAUUCUGCAUUCUGAGAAGCUGUUGACUUCUGUUUCCAUUCUAAAUGACCUGGUGCCUCAUAUCUUUGAGACAGAAGUGGACAGGAGUAGUCUUUGAGAAGUUAAGACUUCAGUGGGGAAGGGACUAGCAAUGUCCACUAAUUUUGAAUUAACUACUGAGCAACAUGACUAAUUUGCCUGUUUCCUUUUCUUUCUGAUGAGAGUGCAACAAAACCAAUUCUUGAGUCUUUCCAAAUCUUUGAAGCUGUAGAAGUCAGCUAAUGUAUUCCAGACAGAUGUUCAGUGCAACAUGGAAGUGUUUCCCAACUUUACUUGACUCCAAAGGAAUGGCUGCUGCUGCCUUUUAACACCCAGCAUCAGAAAAGUUACUCCUGAAAGGAGCCUGCAUCCUUCAAGCAGAGCACACUUAAAUUACUGUCUUUUGCUUAAUCAAAAACUAACUUUAGUCCUUCUGCUUAGGUGGGUGUCCAGCACCUCUCUUGCUUCAAGGUAUUUCAUACUUCUGCCUGCCUUUCCUUACUCUGUCUUUUCCUACAGAGAAACAUACCUAAGACACUGAAGCCUUCUGGGUCUGAUGUCAACAAGAUGACAAUUUUACAAAUCAGGUCUGUUGAGGGGUUGAUUUGAGGUUUAUUUUGGGUGAUUUUUUUUUUUUUUUGCCUUUUGAGGAUUUUUUUGAGAAUACAAAAGAUAGAAAUGCAGGAAAACGUUUAGAACAGAGAGAGAUAAAGUAAAAACCACCCUUUGAGUGAUGGAGGAGUGAGAGAGGGACAGGAAUGCAUUUAUGUGUGUUAUUAAUGCCUCUCUUAAAAGGAAGUGGGAUGGAAAACAGAGCCACAAAUGUCAGCUCUUUAAAGUGAAAUACCAGUUCCUGAAAGAAUGAGAAACACCCCCACUAGAAAGGCAAAACUUGCGUGUGGUAACUGUAUCCUCAACAAGCCAAGGAAGGAAUCACAAUGAAAGCAUCCAAGGUGACUUGCUGUGACCCCUCAACACUGCCUUGGAAGCUAAUGCUACUAAAUGGAUUCUUCUAAAGGUCCUCGUGUGAAAAGUGGUACUAAGAGGGAGCCUCCAGUGCGUGUGGUGCUGGUCACUGUGCAACUGCUACCAUGGGUACGUGCCAUGAAGUGUGAUAAGCAAUUGAUAGGGCUGGGGAGCUCUCAGGAGAUGAGUAAUUGGGCAUGGAGUGCUCACAGCAGCGUUGGCAGUUGAGCAGUGUUAAUCACAGUGCUGCCUUCAAUAGCAUUUAAUAGACAUUAGUCUGAAUUCUAAGUCAGAUGAGAUACUGCUCUUUUUAAAAGCAUUUCCAGAGCUGUUAGCUUUCCCUCAUGAAGAAUGCUUCUCUUUCCUUACCAAUUCAGGAGGUAAGGUGGCUGUCUGCACUGGGAAGCCCAUUUUCAAUUGAUAGCUUGAAACAGCUGCUUGUGGUUGGAACUUCCCUCCUAGGCAAUCCUUUAGAAGCUAACAAAAAGGUGAUCCCAAAACAAGUGGCUGAGAAGCCCAGCUGUUUCUGAAUGGUGCUGCAGCAAAACCUCUCAGGCUGUAAAGGACAUGAACAGUUGAGCUGCUUAAAGCCUAAAUGAAGACUGCAGCCCUGCUCUUGGUGCAAGGCUGUUGGUUGAAGUACUGCUGUGGAUGCAGGUACUUAAUGCAUAGCCCCAGACCUAAUCUAUUUCUGUUCUUACAGUCCUGAAGUAUCAACAAAUGCUUUAGGGAGAAAGUGGGGGGAUGUUAGCCCCAACAGAGCAGAUUGCAGAUGAUUCAUAUGUAAUUUAGCUAUAGUUAUGCCUGUAUUAUAUUUCCCUGCUUAGUUCUAUUACUGUCCCUUUUACAGCUGAGCCUGUGGCCAUCAGACAAAGUCCUCCUAGAAAAUAAUAAUCCAUCCCUCAUUUUGAGGAGCAAAUAGCUUCUGAUGGACACCAUGGCAUUCAGGAAGGGUUGGAGAGGGAGAGAAAGGAGCUUUCAAGUGAGUGCAAACCUUUCCAGCCCAUGCUCUCUCAACACACGUUUUUAGCAGGCCUAGUUGCAUCUGAAUAGUUGUUCUGGAGAGCAGUCAGUUUUCUGCCAAGCUAGUCAUAACCUUUAAAGCUGACAGCAGCAGACCCCAGAGGCCAGUCCUCCAGCUUUCCUAAAUCGAGGCACUAAAGCAGCCAGCCCUCUGGACUAUUUGUUUUGCAGUGCUGACAGCUCUAAGAGCUCAGCCGGUCACUUUCUGCCUGUGUUUUGGUUGUUUUUAAUGUAUCGAUCGGAUUUUGCUUUAUCUAAAGUUAUUUCUGUUGGUAUCAAUUAUGUCAGCUGAGAAGUAAUCAAAUGGAGAUCUGAGGGAGAUAUGGCUGCACUUGAACACCUGCCUGUCAUAGCCACUUCUUAAAAUACUGCCUUAAAAUGAACCGCUGAGCUCUGGUGCUAACCUUAUCUCUCCACCGAGCAGCAAGCCAAAAUCUUAACAGAGAAUCGCUUAAACUUCUGUUUUGGUGUGGCCCAUCAGAGCCCAAACACUCAACCAGCCUUCCCCACAAGCUGCUGGGUGUUGUUAGCUUAACGUUUCCCAAGCUCUGCAUACUGCUGCUGGUGCACACAAAACCAAACAAAAGGCAGCUGUGCUGGCAGCCUGGAGAAUUUAGCAAGCCGCAGCUUUUGUCAAACAGACGAGGACGAAAAUCAAUAGGAAAAGAAAUGUUUUCAAGCUUCUUGGAAUGCAAACAAUGGAGUAAAAAAAGCAGCAGCCUAGAAGGAUUGGCAGUGCACUGUCAGCUUCAAAACACUGCUUUAAGCAAAUGAGUUUGGCUGUUUCGUAGUGUCUGCUUUAUUUUGUUAACAAACUCCUCUUAGUCAGGGUUUCUUGUCUUGUUGAUGUGUGCUCGUUAGUCUGAAGAGAGAAGAUAUAUUUAACUUUCUAAGGAGCUGAAUGCAUCUGGGCUCUGUGACUAGUUUGUGAUUGAGUUUUCCUUCCAACUAUUAAGCCUGAUUACUGAUUUCCAGGAGAUAUUAAUAGAGCAAGUACUGAGCUUAUUAGUGACUAAACAGUUGUGGACUUCCACGCACAAGAGCUUCAUCAGUUCUUCCUGAUCUUCUUGAAGUUUGUUGUCAUUUCUGUGGCAAUACAUCAGGUAUGUGCAAGGUUUGUUGCUUCAGCAAUUGGUGCUGGAAGUUGUGGCCAUCAUUCCCUGCACGAAGUGUUUGUCCUUUUGCCUAAGAAGCGAUCUCUCCUUUUGGAUGUCGAAGUAAUAGCUAGGGAACUAGAGAGAUCCUAUGGGGACCUUCUCAGGGUUAUCAACAAUGACUUCCUCUUCUUCAUUUUGCUCUUUCUAAUUUUGUUAAAAGGCACUCUGCUUAAUACUGGGUGGUUAAUGCUGCUUGCUUUCCUUUUUUCCCCUUCCCCCCCUGCUUUUCAGUAUGUUUAAUAAUAGCAAAAGUAUUUGUUUUGUUGGGGUUGAAACUUUAUUCUGGGGAAAAAAAAAAAGGUUAGUAUAAAGUUUUAAGUACCUUUAACUUACUUAACUAUUUCUGCUUCUGAGAAUCAGUCCUGUGCUGUCUUCUCUUAUUCUCUUUCCAAUUUUCUUUUCCUUCUAUCUGCUGCACCCUUUUAUUUUGUCAGCCCCACUCGCCACAGUGCUGCUUCUUAGACUUUAACUCCUUUCUCUAAGUCAAUUUAAUUGCCACUUAUAAUUUUGAUUUCACCUGCCUUCCUAGUGAAUGUGGUUUAAUCUUUGGAGAUCUGCACCACCAGGAGUGUAGGAAGUAUCGUGUCAGCUAGGAAGAGAAGAGACUACCACAACUGUUUGUCUCUGCCAUUGACCAGUAGUGGAUGCAUAAGAAGAAAAUCCUGUUCUUUACAUGUUAUUCCAUAGGAAUACUUAUUGCAGGUAACAGUAGCUCUCAUCCUGAACGCAGGACUUGAGAAACAUUCUUGUCUCUGUACUUCCUUGUCCUGACAGAGGCUGUUUCCAAACUCUUGCACUGUUUGGAGUGGGGAAGAAAAGCUUUCUAACUCCCUUCACUGCCAGCUUUUUCUUUCUUGCAGUAGUUGACCAAGUGGACAGGUUGGUAACUGCAGCACAGCGUGUGACUAAUCAACCUCCCAGUCAGGGCAGUUCUUCAGUAUCUUGUCUGUACCAUAACUUCAAUCCUCUGCUUGUUUAGUGGUAAGUUAGACCUCUAUAAUUACUCCUGCUGACUUUAAACAUAUGUGUUUUUUAUCAGUAUUAAAAUAGUACACGAGCAGAACUGUUGCUUCAGGCACAUUUCUUGCCACUGUUGGCUUACAAACCUUGAAUGAAAGUAAGAGGGCCAGUGACAGUGAAACAGGAGCUGUUAGCCAAGUGUUGUAGAAUCCUAGUCCUUAUUUAUUUUGUCUGCUAAUCUGCACUUGUGACCCUGAGCAGGAAAGCUGCAGUACAGCAGGUUUUAGAAGCUGUGGCUUAACCAGUGAUUUAGUAUCUUAAAACUCUUACUCAAGCUAACUGGUUUUGUGCACAGGCCAGAGACCUGUUGUCAUUGAUCAUUAAAUGCUAUGCAUAUUGUACAUUCAUUUAUGUGGAUUGUUCUAACAGUGCUUGUGUGGAUUAUGCUAUAUUACCAUAUUUUUAUAUAUAUAUACAUAUCUAUGUGUAUCUAUUGCAUGAGGUUUAAUUGUUUGGGGGGUUUUGUAUUGUCACUUUUGUAUUCACACAGUGCCUCAUGUAUCUUAUUUGCAUAUUGUAAGAAGUUGUUUCAAAGCAGUGAUUGGAAACAGGUGGAGAUAAGAACUCUCCACUCUAGGGUCUAAUAUUUCAGGAACCUCAAUAAAGCAUUGUGAUUUGA